UUUGCCGUCAGUCGUCGUUUGUGGUCCGAUCGGGAAAUAUCGCGCGGAUUUCCCUAGCGUGGGCAACCAAAAUACAUCCCUGUAAGGAGAGAUUUGUGAGGUGUUUUGCUUAAGGGGGUGACCGAAGAAGGGAUUUGUUUUGAAGAGUUUUUUUUCCCAUGUGCCGCUUUCUCAUCGGUAAAGGAUUCACGCUGAAGCUGGUCGGCAUUUGAAAAUCUGUGAGCAAAAAAAAAAAAAAAAAACCGAGAGAAAGAGUAAAACGGAAGUGACACGGAAAACGAAUGCUUCUCAUAUGGUGAUAAAUAAUAAAACGUAAACAUAAAUAAAGUGCAGAAGGAUUACUCGACCGUCAGUCGCAUGCGGGACGUGAUCUUGAAAGGAUAAUUGCCACCAUCCGGUUAGACCGGAGCGGUGUAGCUUUACUGGAUUACUGCAGGAAUGGAUAGUGUUACUAAUUAGCAAAUGCUACUAAGCUGCGGGUGCAUAUCUUAAAGUGCCACUUACUGGAUUCACGUAUGCACAGAGUGAAUGUAAUUUUGGGAAUGAUAUGUUAGGGAGAUAAAUCACGGCUGAGCAUUUAUUCCCUGCUAUUACAAAUAGAGUGUGCAAAGUUUUCCGACCGACCGACUGAGUGUUUUACACAGAAUUGACUCACAAUGGGAUGGUAAACGAGAAGAAAUGUUUAAUUAACAGCGAAAGCGAAUCUCCCAGAUGCUGGAUGCAUACGGUGAAAAGUUGAUUCAUCUCAAUUUCGAAAGUAGCUUGUGUUUUACGUGAAAUAUUGUGCCAGUGCUGGUGCUCGUGGUGUUGGUGGUGGUUUCUGGUUUCUGGUGGUGCUAGAAUUCUAAGGCUUAUAAAAACCUUCACCGCUUGAAUUGGAUCGCCUCCGGGGGAUUUUGAUGCAGGACGGUUGAUGCCAAUGAUGAACUGAGCUGCAGGUACCACCCGGCUGAUGGAACGUAUUUAAUCAACGAACUACGAGAUGGCGAGGAUAAUUAGAAUACUGUUAACGACUCUGCUGCUCUGCGGACUGGGCCUGGCGAGCACUAAUAAUCAUCAAUUAUCAUCAUCCAUACCGCCUGGUGCGUUGGACCCAGAAACUCGUGGAUUCACCGGAAACAGCAGAGUCAGUAGCAGCAGCAGCAGCAGCAGCAGGAGCAGAACAAGUCCUGCACGUAACCAGAGCUGGCAGCAGCAACAUGUAGCUGGAGUGGGAAAAUUAAUAGACAAUAAACUACGGGACAAACUACUUUCUUUCGUUGGCUCCGGUGACCCCCCCGGGCUGGGGAGGAGAACCAAACGGGAGGAUGUUCUUAGUGCUGAUAAGAUAAAUAAUUAUUACCGCAAGAGGGCUGCCGACGGAGAGGACAUUCCACGUAUUACCGAAGUGGUGAUGCCGAUCAGCAAUCUAACAGAGGAACGGAUCCGGGAGGAAAACGAAUUGCUCGAGCAUCUGAAUCGGGAGCACUUCCCGGGCAGUCCCCUAAGCUCGUCGGUUCCGGAUGGAACGAGAAAUAAUCAACCGCCAGGCAACGGUAAAAAGGGUCACCGAAGAAAAGGACACAAAAAGAAGAAAAUCAAACGGAUAAAACCACUCGCCGCUUCCCGUCGGAUCCCGGGGUUGAGUUUCACCGGGACCGGAGGUGAAAGUAGCGAAGAUAAAAAUUCUUCACUAACCAGCCUAACCAAAUUAUCAUUAAACGAAUCUGAGCAACAGAAGCAGAAGCCAGGGCGGAAAAAGCACAAACAGAAACUGUCGAGAGACAAACCAACUUCGCAAACGAGUUUACCGGUCGCAGUCGAGACGAAACUUUCCCUCGCCGUACCGGAAGUGGGCACCGGCAUGGAACCGAAAACGUCGGAUAAAAGCUUCCAAGGGCGAGACGGAAAUUGGGACAGCAGAGCCGGGCGGGAGCUCAUCGUAUUAAAUAGCGAUGAUAUUUACGAUAAAAAUAUGCAAAUUGAAGUUCAAAGAGAACCCGAGGAAGGUGAGACAGGCUCCCUCUAUUUGGUGGAGGCGGUUGACAGUUGGCAGGAGACGGAAUCGGAGCAGCAGCAGCAGCAGCAGCUGGAGAGACCUAAUCAACGAGACCUUGCUACCAAAUUGACAGCGGCUGUGCGAGAGGACGGACGGAAACAGCACCGGCAAAGGCAAAAGAACCAAUUGAAAAAGUUGAAGAAAGCGAACCCAUUGCUGGUCCCGGUUUCGACUUUGGUACUGCAACAACUUCCGCCUGCCCCGGCCACCGACCCCAGCCCGGGAGUGAGUUCGGUCACGUUCAGCACAGACGACAUGCACCGAACGGAAGCGGUGUCGCUUCAGCGCAUCAUCAUCGCCGGGGAUCUUUCCUGCAUGAAGAAUGAAUUCAUACCGGCACCGGCCGUCCCGAAUGCGGACAUCAAGUAUUUGAGAAACGACCUGUACGGGCUGGAGCAUUCCUUCCUGGAGGCGGAAUACCACUGUCGCCAGGGAUAUGAGCGGCGUCUGUCCGCCGCCCGAAGCGGAAACAGCUCGAACCUAAUCUGCCGGAAAUCCCGCUGGAUCGGUAAACGGCCGGCUUGUGUGCGAAUUAAAUCGGCUCCGGUGCCAGCAUUCCAGGCGGUGGACAGCCAAAGCAGCCAACCGGGCGCAGCCCCGGGGGGCCAGAACAGUGACAAUAAGUUAUGUGGAAAACAGUAUAAUUGCCAGCAAGCGUGCCACCUAACGGAAAACGCAACCCGGCUGUGCUCCUGCUUCAAGGGAUUCAAGAUGGUGGAUGGGCGGUGCGUCGAUAUUAACGAGUGCACCGAGUACGGCGAGGACGUGUGUGAAUACGGAUGCUCAAACACAGUCGGUUCAUUUACUUGCAAAUGCCCGAAGGGAUUGCGCGUUACAGACAAUAAUAAAUGCAUGGAUGUGAAUGAGUGUCUGCUACGGAACGGCCACGGACCAUGCCAGGACACGUGCAUCAACACUUGGAGCGGCUAUCGUUGCAGUUGUGCUGGAUUGCCGGGAACUCGACUGGCACCGGAUGGCCAUAGUUGUGAGGACAUCGACGAGUGCACCGUGAACAAUGGCGGCUGUUCCCAUACCUGCCUGAACACGCUCGGGCGGGCAUUCUGUGUUUGUCCGGAAGGAUUCAUGCUGGACGACGACUGGAAGACCUGCAUCGACAUUGACGAAUGUUCGAAUCAGAAAUCGAUUAGACAAGAAUUUCGAUGCCACGGAAGCUGCAUCAACACAAUCGGUUCCUACCGUUGUCUCGACGAAGACGAACAGUCGGACGGGUGGAAUCUGGCCGACGGGAUCGACAUUCACGAACGGCUGAUGGGUGGCGGCCAGAUGCUGACGAAACAAUCAUCGAACGAACCCGACGACGAAAGCGAUGACACGAUGUGCCCUUCCGGCUAUUAUUUCAACACGACAAUGGGCGACUGUCAAGAUACGAACGAGUGUAGCAUCGCAAAUGGCGGCUGCCAGCAUCAUUGCAUCAACAGCGACGGUAGUUUCUAUUGUUCCUGUAAAUAUGGCUUCAAGCUGGACGAUAACAAGCAUGGCUGUUUGGUGUUAAACGAUUCGCUGAAACUGGCCGACGUGGCCUGCCCGCCCCUGUUUCCACCGAGACACGGAUAUCUGGAAUGCAGCCGACCGAUUGACGAGAUCUCCGACGGACCGAACGGGGGCAAACUCAAGAUCAUCAAUCGACCCGGAAGCCAGUGUAUUCUGAAGUGCCCCACCGGAUAUCGGUUGGAGGGAAAGUUUUCGAAAAUUUGCGGUACCAGCGGCGAGUGGAUUGGCGAUGAGAGCGGCAGUUGCAUGCGAUACCCACAACCGAGACUAACCUGUCCCAUCAGUGUCAACGUUGAGCUGCACCCAAACGAAACCGAUGGGACGACGGUGAAACUGCGACGGCCCAAAACCGAUGUCAGCUGGGACCGGGACAUCGUUGCCGAACCGUUCUGGGCGAAAAAGGAUGCCCUCCAGCUGCCGCUCGGAUCCAUCAACAUCACCUACUCGGCGAAGCAUCCCGUUUCCAAGCUGACCACCAGUUGCACUUUUGCGGUGAAUGUGAUAGCCGGUCGACCUCCGACGGUGGAUUUUUGUCCUGACACUCAGAUCUACACCAUCGAGGGUCACCACCAGAGCGUGAAAGCCACGUGGGAGGAACCCAUCUUCUCCGACAACGUCGGUGUCGUAACCAUCACGAAAUCCAACAGCCCCGGCACGGAUUUCGGUGCCGGCAGUCAUCUCAUCACCUACGAAGCCCAUGACGAGGCCGAGUGGAGCUCCAAGUGUGUCUUCAAAAUCGUGGUCAACGUGAGCAAACGGAACGACAUUCAACAUUUUCAGCUACCGAUCCUGUACAACCGGUUUUACUUUUAAUUCGUUUUUUUUUUUUUGGUUUUUUGCACCAAUGACCAGUGCUUCCGCUUCCGUGUGUGUUCCCACCCCCAGCGCUAAGGCAUAAGCUGUUUAUAUUGGCAAACUGCAAAACCGUUCAAAAACUUCCUUCCCGGCUAUUGUUUCCGCACACGCUGUCAGUAGCUAGUCGGAUCAGUUUUCUGUCAGAACCGUUUCCGGUUGAAACAACAAACAACCAAACAAAAAAAAAGAAACUUCUCCAGUGUACAUUUCAAUGGUGUUAGUUUCACGCUCAGUUAAAACCGCAUCCAAUCGAAAUCGAGACAAAACCGCAGUGAAAAUGAAAACAAUAAUAAAUUGCUUUGAAAGAAAAAAUGAAAUAAACAUUAUACAUUCAGAUAACCGGAGUCCGGACGGAAAUGGUAGAGUGAAUAAAAUAAGUCGUAGAUGAAACUCUGGCAAAGCAAAUGGAAAAUAAUUCCAGAUGGAGAGUCUUCUGUAAAUAGUUUGGCGUAGGUCUUGAGCUAGUUGUCCCUCUGCCUCGAGAGGAGUUUGGUUUAGUGACUGCUGAUAAGUAUUUUGACGAGCCUAGAUGCUUGCGAUUACGGUUAAGUAUCUUUGUUUCUUGUCGUCGUGAACCAAAAAAAAAUGGCGACAACAAAGAAAUACACUUUUAUUUCAACUUAAUUGAACAUUCCCAAGCGUAGUAAUUCUUUUAGGGUAUAGUGAAACUUGUAGAAUGUAAGAUGGAAGAAAAAUAUAUAUCAAUUUGAAAAAUA